UUAGCAAGAAAUACAUUGAAAUGUAUGUACUUGUACUUUCUGAAAGGCAGCUUUGCAGUUUUCUGAUGCUGGUGUUUUUAAAAUGUAAAAUGCAAAAUGUGAACAGCAGUGCAUCAUCUACUGACAGGAAUGCUGGCGGUGACCAAGUGUAAAUGUAAUGCCGGUCCACGUGUCGGCUGUGUGUAGUAUUUUAAUCAGUGGUAAUGAUUCUUGGAGGUCCAGUGAAAAAAAAAAUCUAUGUAUGACGAACAGACUUAUUUUACAGCUGUUCCCUAUACUGGUUGCUUACAUUUCAAGUCAACCAAGUGCCCUACACAAUGGAUUUUUACCCUGUUUUAAACUUAACCACUCAGCUUAGGCUACUGCAAUGCUUAUUGUUGCCAUCUAUUCUCUGCAGCCAUCACAGCACCUUUUGCAAUGUACAGCUUCAUGGGGGGAGGCCUUUUCUGUGCCAUUGUGGGGAACAUCCUGCUAGUGGUGUCUACAGCUACCGACUACUGGAUGCAGUACCGCCUCUCUGGAAACUUUGCCCACCAGGGUCUGUGGAGGUACUGCAUGUCGAAUAAGUGUUACAUGCAGACUGACAGCAUCGCUUAUUGGAAUGCCACCCGAGCCUUCAUGAUCAUGUCUGCCAUGUCCUGCUUUGGGGGCAUCAUUGCUGGCAUUCUGUCAUUCGCCCACUUCUCCACUUUUGAGAGAUUCAACCGUUCCUUUGCUGCUGGGAUCAUGUUCUUCAUCUCUACCUUCUUUGUCCUGCUUGCAAUGGCAAUCUACACAGGAGUCACUGUGAACUUCCUGGGAAAACGUUUUGGAGACUGGCGUUUUUCCUGGUCCUAUGUCCUGGGCUGGGUUGCCUUGCUCAUGACCUUCUUUGCAGGUAUGUUCUAUAUGUGUGCUUUCCGAAUGCACGAAUGCAGAAGAGUGGCUGGGUCACGCUAAAAAGGGGGAAGAGACUGGUUCAGCUUCUUUUUUGCACAAUUCAAGAGCCCUGAAAAGAAAAUGUUUAACCAUGUCCUGGAAGAUGGAAGAGGAGAAGU